GCAACCCCGAUGGAUGUUUGCGUGGUUUGAGCCUUGGAGCUCUGAAGUUACUCAAGGCAGUUGACGUCUACGUGCUAUUCUAGCGUUAACGAUUCGCUUUAGCGAGCUCAUCCCCAUAAGAGCAUCAGAGCAUGGCCCAUGCAUUUUGAGAGUCAAGUCGACACACGAGCAAAUUUUCAAGUGCUCAAGGCUAUCCACCAAAUAUCUUACAUCAUCGUUACAUUGUGCCAACUGCAAGAAGCGCUUGACCAGCUGCAGUAAGAAUGUCGGAGUCGCAGAAGGAGACUUUCCGCAAGUACCUGGAGCAGGCGGGGGCCAUUGAUGUGCUCGUCAAGGUGCUUGUACAACUCUAUGAGGAGCCAUCUAAGCCCAAGACAGCGCUAGACUACAUCAAGCAGUGCCUGGGCUCCCCGACGCCAGCGGAGUACGAGGCCGUGGUUGCGGAGCGGGAUGGACUUCAGAAGCAACUGGAGGAGGCGAACCAGCUCAUCGCAGAACUCCAAUCACGGGUCCAGUCCCUUGAGGCGGCAGCGGAGACUGCAUAAGGAGAGCAAGGAUCUGGGCGAAGCAAGGAUGCGGUGCAGCGGCUAGCUGGCGGCCCCCAGCGCAACGAAUGAUAUCCAUGACUAGUUUGGCUAGGAUUAGGCGGCAUUGCAGUACUAAAGUACUAAUGGUGCUAGCGCGCCGCGGGGUAGCGGGUAGGUGUUCUCGAGGGAGGAGGCUAUGCACUUGAUGUGCACGUGGUGGCGGCCGCGUGCGCCAUCUUGCGUUGGCAUGUGUGCUUGGGCAGAAGGCGUGUGUCCGUGCGUGUUGCGAUCGUGCGGCCGUCCGAAAAGGUGUGUACCGUAAUGCAGGUGGCUGUUUGUACGCGUUUGAUGGCGCGGCAACUGAAGCACUUAAAGGCAAAUGUAGAGCUGCUGGCGGCGCAGGACGGCGGCUCUUGUAACGUAAGCGUGUGACAACUUCAUACUUGGUUACACAGGGUGACAGGCGGUCAGCGUGAUUGCACGGUCUGUGGAUGAUGAAUGCGCUGUGACAAACACCAAAAAGGGCAUGUUCUGCCGGACUUUGCCACAGAUAUAAAGGACAAGCAGCAAGCGAACAAUCACACUACUGGGGCGUGCCCACCCCAAAACGCAAUCAAUGCCCAUUUGGACCCAGACGGGAGGCCCAUCACUUCGCAACCUUUCGCAAGCACCUCUCGGUCCUGUCGACCCCUGGCGUCCAGGGCAGAUCCUACAUGUAUGAAUAAUGAAUGAAGACAUGUCUGUGCAUGACUGUUGUGCCAUCAGUCAGCAUCAGUUCACUGAGACGCGGUGAACUAUACACGGUAUCGG